AUGGCGGCUUUCAAGAUCAUGGCGCCCCUUUACUUUGCGUGGUUGGUAGCUGCUUUACCUGCUCCUGUAGCAGAUGUUCUUCCCCGAGCCGGCACUUUCAUAUCGGCGCCCUCUACAACUACAUAUGAUAACACGCUAGCCUACUACCAAAAAGCCACACCAACGGCUGUUCCUGAGCGCAUAGGGACGUUGAACAUAGAACUUGAGACGAAAGCUGGCAAUGGACUGCCAUUUACGUUGCCAUUAAUUCAGUACACGAGCCUGGAAAUAGUCUCAUCGAGUAUCGACGCCAACUAUCCAGAGUCAACUGCGGCCAGAUCCAGCAACAUCUUCGUUCCAAUCUCAAAUGAUCCUCCUCCACCGCAGAUUCAAAGUCGAGAAGAUCAUCCUGUCAACGGAGUUGGCAUAGCAGACAUGUCAAAGCCGAUUUCGACCAACAAAUUCUACGCAAAUCUUUUCUUGGACUCGCAAGCGCAAAGUGUAUGGACUCAUCCUUAUUCUCUUCGUUGGAUCAAAGGUGGUAGCUCACUCAAAAGCUGGGGUAUGGGGGUCACGCAUAUCGAAGCAAACCAGUAUGCAUUUGGCGAAGGUGAUCCUGCAAAGAAUUUCGUUUGUCCUAUUGGAAUCAACCAUUUUAUUUUCUCUGCCAAGGAACUCGGAAAUGGUACCAGACUCACAACUGAUACUCUUACUGCUUUCUCUGUAAAUGCAGACCUUCGUCCAUGGGAAAAUGCAGAGCCGGCUAUCUCGUUUCCAAUGGUCCAAGGUCAAGGCUUCACCACAGCGAUUUACAAGAAUUCGAAACCUAUACUGGAGAGUGGCGUAUUCUUCAGCUCGCUGACAUUCGUACAAACGCUCGAAGGUAGUACUCCAAUCCACAAGUAUAGACUGGUCUUAAACGACCAAAGCAACUGGUUGAUGUACGCUACCCCGACUGGGAGCGCUGGGCAACCGCCAUUCAAGCUUGAGGAUAGCAGUCGUAUCAGUGGUCCUGAUGGGUACAACGGAUUGAUUCAAAUAGCGAAGAACAAUAAUGCAGAGGCCGGAGAAGCAAUCUAUGAUGCUUCAGCUGGGGCAUAUGCCUGUGGCGCUGAGCUGACGGGCUCUGUUGACGGCUCCACAGGCACCUACUCGAUUUCCUGGAAGAAGGGAGGUCUGACAGAUAGGACGCUAGUUAUGUUUGCUCUACCACACCAUGUUGCAGCAUUCGACGAAGGUACAAAGAGCGUAACCACGCCAGUCCAACUCCAAACCACCACCAAAGGCAUCGCUACCGCCGUCAAAGCCGACAAGAUCACGAUGAUCGAGGCUGGCCUCCCCAAUACCUAUGGCUUUCUUCCCUGGGAUGAGGGAAACUCGAAGCAGAUCCGCCAAGUCGCCAUUGACGCCAUAGACAACGCCGGCUCGUCCGAACUCAGCCAAAACAUGGAGCCCCAGUGCGUGCUAAACAGUAUGUACUACUCGGGCAAAGGUCUAGCCAAAUUCGCCUCCAUCAUCAUCGCCGUGAACGACAUUGCUAAGAACACCCAGCUCGCUGCGUCGGGCCUGGUUCAGCUCAAAAAGGUCUUCGAUGUCUUUGUCCAGAACAAACAGCCAUUUCCCUUAGUCUACGACACAAGAUGGAAAGGCCUUGUAAGCAGUGGUAGUUAUGCCACCGGUGAUAAUGGCGUUGAUUUUGGGAACAGCUUGUACAACGACCACCACUUCCAUUACGGCUACUUCAUUUACACUGCCGCUGUUAUUGGAUACUUGGACCCAUUAUGGCUCACUCAAGGUACAAACAAAGCAUGGGUCAACUCUCUGCUGCGCGACUAUGCGAAUCCUUCCGCUGAUGACCAAGUCUACGCACACGUCCGCGCAUUCGACUGGUACAACGGGCACUCAUGGGCGAAAGGUCUCUUCGAGUCCGGCGACGGAAAGGACCAAGAAUCCACAUCUGAAGAUAGUUUUGCGACGUACGGCAUGAAGAUGUGGGGCCGCAUUGUCGGCGAUCCAAACAUGGAGGCGCGAGGAAACCUCCAACUUGCCGUGCAGAAGCGCAGCUUCAACAGCUACUUUCUCAUGGCCAACGACAACAAGAUCCAGCCGCAAAAGUUCAUCGGCAAUAAAGUCACUGGCAUCCUCUUCGAAAACAAAAUCGACCACACGACCUACUUCGGAUCCAAUCCAGAGUACAUCCAAGGCAUACAUAUGAUCCCGCUCUCGCCCGUCAGCGCCUACACUCGGCCAUCGUCAUUCGUCAAAGAAGAAUGGGACACGUACUUCUCCAACGGCCGUGCCGACAAAGUAGAGGGUGGCUGGAAAGGCAUCCUCUACGCAAAUUAUGCGCUCAUCGACCCGGUCAAGAGCUACGACUUUUUUUCGUCCAGCAAUUUUGAUGUGGGCGGGCUGGAUGGCGGGGCCAGUCGGACGUGGUAUUUGGCGCUGGCGGCGGGUUUGGGGGGUAGUGUAGCAUAG